GGUAUCAAAAUAUUAAAAUAUAACGCGCUUUCAAGUUUUUGCCUGGUUUUGUUCUAACUCGUAGAAUCAUCUCAACAGCUGAUCAAAAUUGGAUUUUACUUACAAAUUAACGCAACUUUUUUAGAGAUUUAAAAUGCCGAGGGAAAUUAUAACAUUACAGAUCGGUCAAUGUGGCAAUCAAAUCGGUACUGAAUUUUGGAAGCAAAUAUGUGCUGAACAUGGAAUAAAUCCUGAGGGAAUAUUAGAAGAUUUUGCGACAGAAGGACUAGACAGAAAAGACGUAUUUUUUUAUCAGGCAGACGAUGAACAUUACAUUCCUAGAGCAGUUCUUUUAGAUUUAGAGCCGAGAGUAAUAAAUAGCAUUUUAAACUCUCCGUAUGCGAAUUUAUAUAAUCCAGAAAAUGUAUACCUGUCGAAAGAUGGAGGUGGUGCAGGUAACAAUUGGGCUGCCGGAUAUCACGGAGGAGACCGGCUAUAUGAGGAAAUAUUUGAUAUCAUCGAUAGAGAGGCUGACGGAAGCGAUAGCCUAGAGGGAUUUGUCUGCUGCCAUUCUAUUGCUGGAGGAACAGGAUCUGGUAUGGGCUCAUUUAUACUGGAGAAACUUAACGAUAGAUUUCCUAAGAAGCUAAUUCAAACUUACUCUGUCUUCCCGAAUCAAGAUGAAAUUAGUGACGUUGUUGUACAGCCUUACAACUCUUUAUUGACCUUGAAACGUCUCACCCAGCACGCUGACUGUGUCGUCGUCCUGGACAAUACUGCCCUGCAUCGAAUUGCUGCCGAACGUUUACAUAUUGAAAAUCCCACUUUUGCGCAAAUUAAUCAAUUAGUUUCAACAGUUAUGAGCAGUUCAACAACAACCCUAAGAUAUCCAGGCUAUAUGAACAAUGACUUGAUAUCACUAAUUGCGUCCCUUAUUCCUACACCUCGCCUACACUUUCUCAUGACCGGAUAUACACCACUUUCGACUGAUUCUCAAGUGGCCUCCAUCAGAAAGACGACUGUCUUAGAUGUAAUGAGGCGUCUAUUACAGCCAAAAAACAUGAUGGUCUCUACACCUGUUCAUAGGCAACCGCAUUGUUAUAUCGCAAUACAAAACAUAAUCCAAGGAGAAGUCGAUCCAACUCAAGUUGACAAAUCGCUUCAAAGAAUCAGAGAGAGAAAAAUGGCCCAAUUUAUACAAUGGGGCCCUGCCAGUAUACAAGUUGCUUUAACUAGAAAAUCUCCUUACAUACAAACUGCCCAUAGGGUUUGCGGUCUUAUGUUAGCAAAUCACACAUCAAUUUCGGCUUUAUUCGAAAGGUGCAUUAAUCAAUACGAUAAAUUGAGGAAGAGAGAAGCUUUUCUCGAUCAGUUUAAGAAAGAAGCUAUGUUUAAGGAUAACUUGGACGAGUUUGAUAACUCAAGAGAAGUUUUGCAGCAGCUUAUCGACGAGUAUAAAGCGGCAACACGAUCUGAUUACUUACAAUGGGGCGCGGAAAAACAAGCAGCUGCAACAGCUAAAUAG